UUGGAAAAGGGGAACAAAUAAACAAACAGCUGUGGGGCAUCACAGCCACACUAAUUUUAAAUUAAUUUUAAUUUAUAACUGGAGCCAGGUUUCGGCUACAAUUGAAAAAUUGAGUUAAAUUGAGGUGAGAAACUCUAUUGCUGAAGCUACCAUGUCGCUGAACUACGAAGAGAUGAGCUGGUCGGAUGUGCGUGAUCAGUUCCGGAAGUGGCGCGAGGAGAACACCCGCCACAGCGAGGAGGUGGUCCAAUUGUGGGUGGCGGUUCUCGAGGACAAAGUACACAAGACCGGCAACGAGCGGCAUCUGAUCCUGGAGCAGGUGAUCAUCGCGGCACUGGACACUGCCCGCUUCGACAUUGCCACUCAGUGCACCAAGCAGCUGGCCGUAGAGUUUCCCGGCAGUUUGCGAGUGAUGAAGUUCAAGGCGAUGCGGUAUGAGGCCCUGGAGCAGUACGAUGAGGCAGAUGAGGUGCUCGAUGCCAUAAUUGCCAAGGAUGAGACGAAUGCUGCGCCCAGGAAGCGCAAGAUUGCUAUCUUAAAGGCCCGUGGUCGCCGGGUGGAAACUAUCAAGGAGUUGAACGAAUAUCUUAAAAAAUUCAUGUCUGACCAGGAGGCCUGGCACGAGCUAUGCAAUUUGUACUUGGCUGAAGGCGAGUACGGCAAAGCAGCAUUUUGCAUGGAGGAGGUUUUGCUGCACAAUCCCCACAGUCACCUAAUUCACCAGCGCCUUGCUGAGAUUCGCUACACAAUGGGAGGCGUUGAGAACGUGGAGUCGGCUCGCACUUACUACUCGCAGGCUCUUAAGCUUAACCCCCGUAACUUGAGGGCUCUUUACGGCAUGUACUUGAGCUGCAACUUUUUGGCCAACUCCAGGGCGGUGAGCUCCAAGCGCAAAGAACUGCAAAAACUAGCCAGCUGGGCCCUCGAACAGGUUGCGGAGCAAACUACCAAACAGUCCACGAUCAAAAACAACGACAAACUUAUUCUGUCAUUGGAAGCUGCCUUAGGAAACCUGGAAAUCAAAUCGAAUUGACCAAUACAAGCACUGAUGGUCAUCACAUCAUUUGUGCAAUAGAUGCCAGAAAAGAAUGAUUCCAAAUAUUUUCAGAAAUGGGUUUCCAGUUUCUGUCUCAUAAGAUAAACUUACAAAAAAACAACAGCAGGAGUAAAACACAACCAUUUUAUAAUCAGCGCAUCCGAGAUAGUAUUUUUUUGAUGUUAACGAUUCGGUGUAGGCUUCAAUCUCGGAUAAUUUAUACCCUCAGUGCUAUUGGGUUAUGCGAAAAUACCUAGUUCUGUAAUAAAUCUAGCAAAAUCAA